AUGGCGGCGGCGGCGGCGGCGGGUGCGGGCGCUCGGGCCGCGGGGCGGGCGCGGCGGGGCCGGCGGCGUCGGGGCCGGGCCGGGGCAUCACCGGCGGCGGCGGCGGAGGAGGAGGAAGAGGAAGCAGCAGCAGCAGCAGCAGCGGUGUUGGGCAUGUCGGAGUGCCCGGUGUGCCGCCAGGCCUUGGUAGAAGCGGUGACGCCGCCCUGCCGCCACUCGCUGUGCCUCGCCUGCUUCCAGCGCUGCCUGCAGGGCCCGGGCCUCUGCUGCCCGCGCUGCCGCAGCCGCCUCUCCACCUGGGCCCGCCGCCAGCAGGCCCGAGCCCAGCCCGCCGCCACCGCGGCCGCCGGAGGAGGCGGGGAGCAGCGGCCGCCGGACCAAGACUUUAUAUUCAGAGCACCCAUUAAGUUAAGCAAACCAGGGGAACUCCGAGAAGAAUAUGAAAGCCAGCUAAGGAAGCUGAGAGAAGAAAAACUACAAGAAGAAAAGGCUUCUGAGGAUCUGAUCCACAAGUUCAUUCUAGAUGACAUGGACGUAGGAAAAAGGAAAAUGGAAGAACAGCAGAAAAAAGAUGAAUCUUUAGUGUUUAAAGUAAACCAAGAGUGUUUUCCUGAACGUCUCUCGGAUUCAGAGAAUGAAGAACCAUUCCCGGGCAGGCAGGCACAUCGCUCAGCUUUUGUUUCCAAGACCAGUGCUUACUCCUUUGCCUUCCUUUCAGGGAACUUAACCUCCAAGGUGGAAAGGAGUCGGAGCUGCAACGACACCAUUCAGGAGAGAUCAAAGAGCAGGCAGAGAUCAGCCCCAGCCAACAAAACAAAGGUGCCACCCAUCACCAGCACAUCCACCCCACUGGUUGGAGUUCUGUCAUCCACCCAGAACAACCGGUGCCUCUCGGCCCCAGACCUGACGGCAGAGAAGCGUCUGGUUCUCAACCCCGUCUCCUCCCUCUCUGCCCUGCACAAGCCAGAGAGGUCCAUCAGCCCCGAGAGCAACGACAGCAUCUCAGAGGAGCUCAACCACUUCAAGCCUAUCGUCUGCUCCCCGUGUACUCCUCCAAAGAGGCUUCCUGAUGGCAGAGUCCUCAGCCCUCUCAUUAUCAAGUCCACCCCGAGAAACCUGAACCGGAGCCUGCAGAAACCCACCACCUACGAGGCCAGUCCCAGGAUCCUGAAAAAGUGGGAGCAGAUAUUUCAGGAGCGCCAAAUCAAAAAGACUUUCUCCAAAGCAACCCUCACCUCCUUGGCUUCAGAGAUUGGGGAGGAUGUUGUAGCUCCUGGCAUCACCAACUCCAGCUCUUGCACCAAGGAGCAGCCCCAGUCGCAGGACAACCACCUCCCACCCGACGCCACGGGAGACCCUCGCCCCGAGCUGGAUUUCCUUCCUUCCAUCAGUCAAACAAAGCUGGGAAGAGGGGGUGAGAAGAAAAGAGAUUCACAGGCCUCAGCAACAGACAACAGUGCUGCUGAGCCAGACCUGAGGUCCAGUGUCACCUCCCUCAACACACGAGUGACCGAAGUCCCUGACCUAAAAGUCAACGCGUUCAUGGACAAAUCCUGUCUCAGCCUUGGCCCCAAAGUGCUGAGCAGAAGACUGAUGGGGGUGGGCUCAUCUCUGCCUGACAACAGCACCCUAGGAGUCCCCACCAAGACGUCGGGGAAAAAGCAGCUGAAGUACCUGAACAACAGUGACCUGCUGAAGGUGCAGAACAGCACCUGCAGCUCCGUGGAGAACAUCAUCGGGGAGCAACCCCCCUCGCUGCGACGGGGUCGGAAGCGACGCUGCAAAACCAAGCACCUGGAGCACAACGGCUCCGUCAAGAGACUGAGGCACGUGGCAGGGGAGGUGGGCCUGGCCCCCCAGGAUCGCUUGGUACGGGAGGUGGAGCAGAAGCUCCAGCAGGAGGAGGAGGACAGGAGGUUGGCCCUGCACCUGCAGCGGAUUUUCGACAGCGAGAACAGGACAGUGGAGAGGAGGAAAGUCCGAGUCGAUCGGUAUCUGCUGCGCUCCAAGAGCACUCUGGGUGCCAAGUAGCACUGGGGGACUAUGUUGCCUUUCUAGAGGUUUAUCAGAUUAUCUUAUAGGAAAACUAUUUUUUGGUCAUGUUUCCACCCACAGCAAUUGUUGUGUUUUUUUUUUUUCAUUUUGGUGGGAAGAUGUUUCUUAAGUCCAGUUCAGAGAGAAGCCAGAGUCCUUCCAGACUGACAAAAGGAAAGAGAGAAUGAGAAACAAACCCCCCAGCCUUUCUGGCCUGUUGGUCUGAAGAAGUGUCCAUGAUCCCUGUGAAUACUCUGCAGGCAGCUGGUGACAUUUCAGGUCCCCAGUUGGGAGGGUUGUGGGAGCAGAUCCUGGGGUGUAGGGUAAGGACCUUGCCCGUUCCUUGUCACUUCAAUAUGCCAAGAGGAAUCCAAGUUCUGCUCAUGGAGAGGGAAGUAGGCUUCUUCUGUCCAGGAAAGUCUUCUCCUCUCUGCCUGUCCCAUCUUGGGGAGACAGGCAGAUCCAGAUUUCUGCUAGGAAAUACCAGAUAGAUCCACCCAGAGCACUUAUAAAUGAAUGUAUCUCACAGACAUAGAAUCAGGGGAUGCUUUGGUUGAAAGGGACCUUAAAGAUCAUCUAGAUCCCACCCCUGCAUGGGCAGGGACACCUCCCAGCAGCCCAGGCUGCUCCAAGCCCCAUCCAACCUGCCCUUCAACACUGCCAGGGAUGGGGCAGCCACAGCUUCCCUGGGCAACCUGGGCCAGGCUCUCCCCACCCUCACAGCCCAGAAUUUCUCCCUCACAUCUCAGCUCCAGCUCCCUCUGCCAGCUGGAAACCCUUCCCCCUGCUCCCAUCCCUCCCUGCCCUUGUCCCAAGCCCCUCCCCAGCUUUCCUGGAGCCCCUUCAGGCCCUGGAAGGUGCUCUCAGGUCUCCCUGGAGCCUUCUCUCCAGGCUGGACACCCCCAGUCUGCUCUGGCAGAACAGAUCAUCAGUUACUUACUUUUAAGUAGAAACCUAAAUGCACUGAAAAAAAGACAUAAAAUAAAGAUUUUACUGAAAAGCCUUCUAGGAAUUUGUACAUUGAUUGUAGCAACACGGCAGAGAGCUUGGGUAGGGCAGCUGGGAGCUGAGCUGUGGCCCAGGGAGUAAAUGGAGCUUUUUUUCCAGUCCCUGCCUCUUUGGAGGCAAAAAUAUUUCAUGUUCUUCCUACUUACAUUGAAGCACAGAAAGGGAAGUGCUGGCUGAGUGACUCCAGGAAGGAUGUUCUCCCUGCUGACAUGUGCCCUGCAGGUUCUUGCUCAGUUAAGAGAUCUCUCAGCACACCUAAGACUUGUCCUUUCAUGUCUGAGAGCAGCCCAAGGAAGCAUCCCAAGGAUCUGACACAUCCCUGUCCUCCCCAGGCAUCUGCUGGGUUGGCAGGGAGGCUGGAAGGAGAGCCCAGCCCUCCUGGCCUAUGGGCACAGGGGUGUGGGUGCUCAGGGUGAUGCAAACCUGCCCUGCCCCUGCUCCAAGCUACCUGUCUUCAGGUGCCAACCACUUAAAAAAGCUCAGGUGAGCAGUGCACUAAACACUUCUGCUUAAAAACAUGUAAUCAUAGAAUGGUUUGGGUUGGAAGGGACCUUCAAGAUCAUCUAGUUCCAGCCCCCUGCAUGGGCAGGGACACCUCCCAUGUUGCUCCAAGCCCCAUCCAACCUGGCCUUGAACAUUUCCAGGGAUGGGGCAGCCACAGCUUCCCUGGGCAACCUGUUCCAGUGUCUUACAGCACUAGCUCAGAGCUUGGGCUUGGUGGAACAUUGUGUUUGUCUACCCAGAUGUGACCUCCAGUGGCCACUCUCAGUGUUUCAAACUCACUUCCCCAUCAGCCUUUAGCAGCACAAUCAUUUCCUUGGUUAUUUCCAGGAAUCAGGCUUAAAAAACAUCAGCUGAACUUUAUACUGGGAAGCUGCCUUGGAGAGUAUUCACUGGGGACCCUGGGUGUCCACAGGGACCUUCACCCAAGGUGGUGGUAACCAUCUUACUGACCCAUGUCCCAGAUGGCAAGAGGGAUUUUCAGGAUAAAGCUAAAGCUGAGUGCUGGGGAGAACUUGCUGUGACCCACAGCAUUUAAACCUGAUCCAGGAGAAGGGUCGUUGCCCAAUUUCCUUGAUCUAAAAAAAUGGUUGAAUUUCUCCAUUUUAAGUGGUUAAAAUAAACCCCCAAAAAACAUUUCUUCUUCUCUCCCUGCAAAGCUGGAAGGACCCUGGCCCUUUUUUUUCCUAAUGGAACUGGAUUAAAAAAAAAAACCAACACACAACAAAAACAAACAGAAAAAACCCAACCAAACAAAAAAAAGAAAUCUUAUAUUUUAAUGGAUGAAAUUUAUAUAUUUUAAAUACUAUAUUUCAACAGAUUGACACUUUGGUUUUGAGAAAUCUUAUAGCAAUGAUUCCAUAAUAUAUAUGUGUCUCUUCUCUCCUUAACACACAAACUACUGGAUGGCUGAAGUUGUACUUUGGGCUGGGCUUUCCCUGCCCUCUCCCUCCCUGAUCCUGAUUGAAACAGGCCCUUUUUGACCCAAAAUGAAACCUGCUCCUGCCCCCAGCUGUGAAUUUAGAAGGAAAUUGAAGUAAUUAGAGCCUUGACCAGACCCAGAAGAGCAGCACAGAGACAUGUGGAGACAGGCUGGAUCUGCCUUUUGCAGUGAAAGAAGCUCAGGAGGGAAACCCACAGCUUCUGCUCAGAAUUCGUGCUGGUUUCUCCCAACAUUUGGAAUGUAAACUUGCACUUCCCAGGUGCAUUCAGGCGUAGAAUUAUUUUUCACAGGCCCCUCUCCCCACAGUUAAUCCCCUUGAGCCCAAAUCAGACUCCCCUAAACAAGUUUCCUUCUUUCUCGCGGCGCUCGUGGGGGUUUCAUCCGCUCCACGAAAACCAGAUCUACACACUGAAUGUAUCUAUUCCUUCCCCUCUUAAAAUAGGUUUCAGAGCACCAGGCCAGUGUCUUAAAUAUCUUCUUUUUUUAAAAAAAAAAAAAAGAUGACAUAAAUAUUUGGGGUUUGUGUGUUAAUUUCCUCUUUCCAAAGGCCAGCUCAGCUGGGCAGAAGCGCAGGAGGCGGCGCCUGAGCUGCCCAGCCAAAAAAUAAGGCUCAUUGAGACCCCUCACCCCCCCAGCUGCACAAACCUUGCCUUCACUGGGCAGCCAGAUUCCCCCCCAGAAUGGAGAGCCCAGGUCCCAGCAGCAAUUCCCAGCUCCCUCAGCAUGGUCCGUCACAUCCACAUUGAAGGAGACCUUGGGCUCAGUAAAGCCUCAGGGUGGGAUCCAUCUUUUCUCCUGAGGUUUGUUGCACCAACAACGGGUUUAUAGUCCAAUGAAGCUGCAUUUUUGCUUCUCCACCUCGUUGCUCAAGGGACUGGGGAAAAUUUGGGUUGUUUUCCAGCCAGCUGGCCCAGACCUUCUUGCCUUCUUCUUGAAGUAGCCACAAGGCAACUGCUCUUGGCUGAAACCCACCUGGGGUGGUGUUGGGUUUGAGACUUGAGGCCACGUCAAGCUGAAAUGAAUGUUUGAUUCAUUGAACACUCUGUAAGCUUGCACAGAAAGAAAACAACUGUAUCUAAUCACACUUCAAAGAGCAGGAAUUCCCAGCCUCUGCCCUUUACAGGUCAGGUAUGGGGCUACCUUUGCCAGCUGAGAAGUAAAACACCUCCUGCUGAACGGUGGAUGCAGCACAAGAUCUGCUGAAGCUCUGAGAUGAACCCAGGGAUUUAUUUACACUUAGAUGAAGGUCAUUUCUAACCCUCCUCCCUUCUGCAGCCAACCUUCUCCAGGAGGAAGGCAGUUCCUUGCCAGCUGUGGGUCAGAGCAGGUGCCUGAGAAACCUCCCAAAAUGAGAAGAUGUCUUCUCUUCUGAGGAAAAAACAGGUCCAGGGAUUGCACAGCCAGUGGUGCUGGAGGGGCUGGGGUUGGUUGGAGGACAGAAGGACUCGUGUCUGCCAAAGAUGCCACCGACUCUGGAAAGUUGCUUUCUGAACCUCUGGAGCUCUCUGCCUGGGAAAAGCCACCCGGAAGAGUCCGUGUUUGGGAGUCAGUGAGAUCAGACAAAUGAAGGAAAAGUGCCAAAAGGAGGGAUGAUUGAGGAACGUUGAUCUGUGUUGUCAGUGUUUCUCUUCAGGCGCUCCGGGACACGCGCCGCGCCAACGAGCGCUUUCGUUUCCCCAGGGGAAGCAAAGGGGGAGGUUGAAGCCUUAAAAGACUAUCCCUGAUCUUAAGCCUUUAGCAACGCUCUGAGGACAGACCCCAGGGCUGUGCCUGGAGCCUCCAGCAGCCCUGUGCCCUGUGCCAUCUCCCAAAGGUUGACAAGGAGCUUGUCCCACAGGCGGGGGGGGCGGAAGCGGUUGACAAAAACCUGCCCCUCUUGCCCCUUGGGGGACAGGAGACAACAAGGGACAGGAGACACCAGGGGACAGGAGACAACAGCCAGCGACUGUUGGACACGACAGUGAUGGAGACCCGUGGGAUGUCCCCGUGGAUGGCAGCUGAGGGGGGAACUGGGAUGUGCCACCAGGUUGAACUCCAGCACAGAAGCUGGGAUGAAACCCACGGAGCCAACACCGCGAAGCAGCAGCUCUAGACUGAGCUCUUCACUAUGCAAACAGAAAAACCUCCAGCUGGUGACAAAGGGGGGUUGUGUACGCCUGGUUUCCUUGGUGUUUACUGUCAAACUGUUGAAAACGAACCUAGAUGUUGCUACACUUUUCUCCCCCCUCCCCAAUAAUGCUUUAAAUCGUUGUGCUUUCAUGUUCUCAGCUUGCCAGCCGAGCACCAGGGCGCUCAAAAGACUUCAAGCAGUCAUUUUGGGUCUCAGCUGAGCCAAGGUGGCUUCAUCUGAAUGUUUGAAACAGUGAUGGAAGUUACUGAGGGACUCUUUGACUUGCAUGUGAUAAAUGUGUGGGUAAAAACGACAUGCAGGUGCCUGUCAUGUUGUGGCUUCUGUUCUUCCAAACACGAGUAAAUCCUCCUUGUGACAAGAACAACUGGUGAUGUCACCAACCAGAAACGUGCCAACCCUGUGCAAGUGACAUGUACAUUUUAACAGCAACCAGGACUUUUAACUGCAGGACAAAGGCCGAGGUUGAAACAGAAUAAAACCAGGUUCUGACAGUGAAA